GAAAAGUAAACUAAAAAUAAUAAUGGUAAUAAUAAAAAUAAAGUAAAUCUUUUCUAAUAACUUAUUCUACAGGUUCUGCACAGACUGAACGGCUUAGUUCAAAGGCCUAUUCAGAAUCUAAAACAACUCAUUGAUGAUUGCAAAACUGAUCCUCUUGAUCCUGAAGCAGAAAAAAAAUUAGAAAAGCAAAUCGAAAAGAUGCAAAAAGAAGAAGAAAAAUUAGAAUUUGAAAUGCAGAACAUAAAGAAAGGGAUUGCCGACGUAACAAAAGAAGUUACCGAAGUGGAAGGAAAUGUUCACACAGUAACGAAAGAUCUUCACAAAUUAAGAGAAGAUUUCAAAGCAACGGACAAAAGAGUUGAUAGGCUUGAAAAGCAAAGGAUAUUUGAAGGAACCCAAAAACGAGGGAAGAAACCAAGUGUACUUAAAAGAAUACUUGAAAAGUUACCUUUCAUGCGAGGACAAAAGAAAGGUAAUAUUGGUUACGGAACUUUAAGUAAUACCCGAACACACUUAUUGAUAUAUUUUACGUGUCAAGUCACGUAAAUGCAAGGCCAAAGUAACUACUUGAAUCAAAGGUUUAAAAAUGCAUUGUUUCACUUUUACUCCAUAGCUCUGGCCUCGCUUUCUUUAACAGUUUGAUGUUUCAACAUGUGUCAAAGGUAGAGAGCACGAAUUAUGACUUAAUCUUAUUCAGCCAUGUUGUCGCCUAUCCAAACUGGUAUUUGCUAUUUAAUUUAUAGGCACGAUUUUAUUUUAACAUGACUUCAAACUGCUAAUUGGUGGCGAUAGUUAUUCAUGAAUUUUAAUUUUUUAAGACAAAAACAAAAUAUGAGCAAGGUAAUUAUUUGGCUCAAAUUUCGUGGAUGGAUGAACCAAAUUACUCUACCGUGAAUAUCUAUAUUUCUCAUCAUAUAGUCCAGUAGGUACUGCUGACAGCAGUGUUUCUCUAUGAUUAUACUAAAUAAUAGCCUAAUAGUGGAAAAGAAUAUUAGCUGCAAUAAUCUAUUCACACAACGGUCUUAAUGGUUUCGACUGACAAAUUAAUAGUUUUAUUAUGAGACUUAUUCAAAUCAUCUUUGCCUCCAAACGAGCUGUUAUAAUAUUUAGUUCUUUGCCGUUAAGAAUUUUUU